AUGGCGCAGUCGAAAUUGAUCGGGAGAAUUCCUGACACGUUCGUGAAUAUAUCGAGCCUCGAGCAUUUAGAUCUGUCCAUGAAUAACAUGGACGGUCCGAUUCCGGAAGAUUUGCUCCGUUUGAAGAAGCUGAGAAUUCUUUAUCUGUACUUAAACAGGUUUUCGGGUACUAUUCCUAAGUCGAUCGAUUCGCUGGAUUUGGUCAGUCUCGAUUUAUCCGAAAACAACUUGACUGGUGAAAUCCCGGAAGAUUUUGGGAAGUUGGAGAAAUUGGAGCUUUUAGGCCUGUGCAUAAAUAGGUUUUCAGGCGAAAUUCCCCAAAGCCUGGGGCUAUUACCGAGCCUCGAGACGUUCAAAGUUUUCAUGAAUGAUUUGAGUGGAAUUUUGCCGCCUGAAAUGGGCAGUCGCUCGAGACUCAAAUCUUUUCAAGUCUCAAACAAUCAUUUCAUUGGAAAUUUGCCGGAAAAUUUGUGCGCGGGUGGUGCUUUUACCUGGGUGAGUGCCGAACGAAACAACUUAAACGGGACGAUUCCAGUAUCACUUGGAAAUUGCCAAAGUUUAAAUUUGAUUUUGCUGCAUGAUAACAACUUAUCAGGUGAAGUUCCUCCAGGCCUUUGGUCUCUAAUAAAUUUAACUUCUGUAAUGCUGAGUGAUAACAAUUUAUCGGGAGAGCUCCCGAGUAAACUCAUAGCUCCCGGCUUGUCCCGUUUGGAGAUCAGUAACAAUGAGUUUUCCGGUGAAAUUCCGGGUGAGGUAUUGCCAUGGGAAAGUUUAGUGGUGUUUAAGGCAAGUAACAACCAAUUAUCUGGUCUGAUCCCCAAAGGAUUGACUGGUUUGCGUAACCUUUCCACUUUGUUACUCGAUGGAAAUUCACUUUCGGGUGGAUUACCGUCUGAGAUACUGUCAUGGAAGUCUCUUACGACUCUGCAUCUUGCAAGGAAUAAAUUAUCUGGUCCAAUCCCACCCGUGUUUGGUUCUUUGCCACUUCUUCUUGACUUGGACUUGUCCUUUAAUCAGCUUUCGGGUGAUAUCCCGUCUGAAUUAGGACAUUUGAAGUUCACUUCACUAAACCUUUCUUCAAAUCACCUCUCAGGAAGAAUUCCUGUUGAGCUUGAUAACUUGGCGUACGACAAGAGUUUCUUGAACAAUCUAAAUCUUUGUUCUGCGAAUAAAAUCUCCAAUCUUUCCAAUUGCUUCAGAAGCACAAGGGAGCUUUUAACGGGAACUCUUGUCGUGAUUCUACUUUCAGCAAUCGUAUUUUGUUUGUUUGCCAUCUUCAUGACACGUUUUUUAGUCAAGUACUGCAGAGAAAGUCGCCUAUCGACUGACAUAACAUCAGACGAAUGGGAAUUUGUGACUUUUCAAAGAUUGGAUUUCACCGAGGUCGAUAUUCUGUCUAGUCUGGCCGAAAGUAAUUUGAUCGGCAGUGGUCGCUCGGGUGAAGUUUACAAAAUCGUAGUCGGCCCUGAAAACCAAUGUGUUGCCGUCAAGAGGAUUUGGAGCGGCAUGGAAAAGGAUCAUUUGCUCGAGAAAGAAUUUCAAGCCGAGAUUCAAGUUCUUGGUUCGGUUCGCCAUUCCAACAUUGUGAAGCUCUUGUGUUGUUGCAUCUCGAGCCACGACUCUAAGCUUCUUGUGUACGAGUACAUGGAAAACCAAAGUCUUGAUAAAUGGCUACACGAUAGAUCCUUUAACAACAUCGUUUUAGAUUGGCCGACCAGACUAAGAAUCGCCACCGGUGCUGCCCAGGGCCUUUGCUAUAUGCAUCACGAUUGCAAUCCGCCCAUUAUCCAUCGGGAUGUGAAAUCGAGCAACAUCUUACUCAACUCUGAUUUUGAGGCCAAAGUUGCUGAUUUUGGUCUAGCCAAGAUUUUGAUGAAGAAAGGCGAUCCGAACACUGUCUCUGGUGUUGCUGGAACCUUUGGCUAUAUUGCCCCAGGUAAUAACUAA